GCUGCGCGAGCGAGUCUUUCGCUUUCUUUCCGUUCCGGGGCACCACCGGAGACACUUAAAUUCCAACACACUGUCACUGUGUGUGUCCUUCUAUGGAGUCGUUUGCUCCUUUACUUGAAAAGACCCGAGUCCCGCAACCGUCACUGCAAAAGUUCGCCGUGAUUUCAAUAUUUUCGAAGCUGCGAUCAUUGCCAAAGUAUCUAGACCCUCAAUCUGAACCCGGAAGAGAUGCGAUUGCUCAGUGCCUUAACUCCUCCUCCCCUGCCGUUGUAGACCAAUCCAUCCGUGAGCUAUGCCGUCUUGUGACGGAUUCCGUAGUGGGUAUUUCUCGCGGGUUGCUUGAACUUCAAUCUGCUCUUGAAGGAACCGACCCGAAAUUCGUUGCGGUCUUUGUGAAAGGAUUGGGCUUUCUCGUCCGCCUUGGUUUCCAAAAGAACAAUGCCUCGUGGCGGUUCGGUUCCACGGAUACUCAACCUUUUGUUAAGGUACUGUCAUGCCGGGCGGAAGUUCAACCUGAACUCCUGCAGCAAGUCUGUCUGUUUAUGCUGCAAAAUAAGAGACUUGGAAUGAUCAACGUUUGUGAAUUUUUAAGACCAUUAUUGAAUUUUUCGGUGUUAAGACUAUUAGCUUCCGAGUCAACCUCUUCUUCAUUUACAAUGCAACUGAUUUUGACUAUGGCAUCAUUUUGUUGCUCAUUCCCGUCUGAGUCGGUGCCUGUUUUUAAGCUGCUAACGGGAUGCCUCAAAUAUCUUCCUCACGAGACCUCGGAAGACCACAAGAAAUUUGUAAAUUUCGUAGAACAGAUGGUAGAGGCACAUAUAGUGGUACUGAAAAAGUUGGCUGGAACAAGAUCGCUGGUCACUGAGGCUCAACAAAAUGCUGUUGAAUUCCUAGACACAGUUCUUUCUCUGGCCACUUGUCUUCAGUGGAAUGGUGGCGGCAAUGAGUACUUAUUUGAACUCUCAAAGCGGUUGUUGUCUGUACAGAAAGAUCAUGGGUUGACAUGGCUUCGUGGUUUAUCAUCAACUAUGGUAUCAUUAUGGACAAUCCUUGUUCAAUCAGAACUUGAACAUGUUCAAAUUUCUAUUCUGAAACUCAUUUCUACAACCCUGAUGUGGAAAUAUGAAAAUGAUAAUACUAUUAGCAGAACUAAAUCUGUCCCAAUUGAAGAAAUUUUGUUCCUCCUUCCUGUCAUAAACCUUAUGUCAUCUCCUUCGAAAUAUGUGAAAGGACUGGCUACUGAAUUGCUUUAUUUGUUGGAGAAGCUCCUUGUUGAAGUGUUUGUGGCACCACAAAAUGUACCAACCAUUGAGGAAGUUCAUUAUCUCAGCACUCCAGGAAUUAUAAUUUCAAGACUUUUGCGACAUCUGUGGUACCAGGACAGAGAAUCUUUAUCUGGAAUUUUCCUUCUGAAUGUGAAUCUGGGUUUCUCAAGUAAUGAAGGUGUUAGUAAAGGCAUGAUAAUGCAUGGUAAACAGACUUGGGUUUCUCAAGUAAGAAGGUUCUGUUUAUCAAUUGUUAACCAAAGAAAAUCAACAUUGCCUCUCUCUCAUUCUCAGGAAGUAUUUUUGACAGAAAUGCCUUUGUUACUCAGCACUGUUGUUGGCAUUCUAUUAAUUCAUCCGUCGAUGGGAGCAGCAGCUGUAGAUUCUUUGGCUACCCUUGGUAUUAUGGAUCCCAAAUUGGGAGUUCCCUUACUGCUAACAAUUAUGUUUUACAGUAAUAUAUUCACAAGAAAGGAUGUUAUGAGCCAUGAUAUGCUGCUAAAAAUUUUAGAAAUGUUGCCAUCACUUGCUUCACACUCUGCAAUGAUUCCACUUGUAGUUCAAACUAUCUUGCCUAUGCUUAACAAAGAUGCGGAAGGUUUGUUGUGUGCCACAGCAACUAGAUUGCUGUGUAGAGCCUGGGAAGCCAAUGAUCGAGCUUUUGGAAGUUUGGAAGGGGUGUUGCUUGCGAAAGGGUUUGCUGAUUUUAUGUCAGAUAGAGUUGUCUGUGUCAGCCGAGCCGCUUCCAUCCGAGAUGUUUGCCAGAAAAACCCUGAUCGGGGUGUUGACCUUAUCUUGUCUAUUUCAUCUUGCAUUGAGAGCCCAGAUCUGGUAAUUAAAUCUAUUGGCUUACAAAGCCUUGCCCACCUUUGUGAAGCUGAUGUAAUUGAUUUUUACACUGCUUGGGUUGUCAUUGAAAAGCAUGUGAAAGAUUACCUUGCUGAUCCAAUUCUGGCACAAAGCAUUUGCCUUUUACUGAGAUGGGGUGCCAUGGAUGCUGAAGCAUAUUCAGAAGAGGCAAAAGGUGUGCUGCAACUUCUAUGGAGUGUUGGUAGCUGUAGGCAUGCUGGCAAUGAGAUACAAUGGGAAAAAGCAAGAAUCGCAGCCUAGGCUCUUAUGCAGUACGAGGUGUCAUAUCUUGAAAAGAGUAUACCAGAUUUUAAAAAGAGGAACUUGGAGUUGCUAUUUACGGAGACAAGUCCCAAUGUACUCUGGGUUAUGGACGACAUUCAAGUCAAAAUUAUAACAUAUGAACACAUAAAUCGGCGAAGAUUAAUCAAGGAGAAAAGAGUUACAGGGAGUAAGAUUGAAAAAUUGAUGGAUGUAUUUCCUCGGGUUAUUUUUUCUUCAGGGAAGAUAAGUGAGGCUAGAGAGUUACCUGGUGCUGCCUUAGUAUGUCUGUCUUUCACUCCGAAAAAAGUGAAUGAACAGCAAGGACAGAAAGGAAGAGAUGUACAUGCUGAGUAUGUAAAUGCACUCGUGGAAAUGGCUGGUUCACUUCAGCUCUCAAGAAAUAUUUUGGUGGCACUUAUGGCACUACAAUCAUGGAAAUGCUUCAUGCGACGUUGCAUGAGGGCUUGCAUUUUAUCCUAUGAUACUAAAGCACAAUCUGCUGUACUAGAUAAAACUUCUAAAGCUGCUAAUGCUAUCCUAAAGAGUAUGAUAGCCAUAGCAAAUGAAGCUAUUCCUAGAUGUGCUGAAAAUAUUGCAUUGGCUGUUGGUGCUCUCUGUGUGGUCUUGCCUCCUUCUGACCAUACUGUGAAAUCUGCUGCUUCAAAGUUUCUUUUGGAGUGGUUGCUCCAGCAUGAACAUGAACACCGCCAAUGGUCUGCUGCAAUUUCCCUUGGAUUGAUCUCAAGUUGCCUCCAUGUAACUGAUCAUAAACAGAGAUAUAAUAACAUCACAGGACUUCUUGAGGUUCUACUUGUUAGCAAAAGUUCCCUUGUAAAAGGAGCAUGUGGUGUUGGCUUGGGUUUGUCAUGCCAAGACCUUCUUACCAGAACUGGAGCUGGUAACGACUUUGGUGUGAAGAAUGACAUGGACAAGGUUCCAGAGUUUGAUUUACUGGGGAGAAUAGUUAGGGCUUUAUCUACAACAAUGCGCCAGAUUACUCGAUCUUCUUCUGAUGUGCUUCUCAGCCUAUGUACCAGCUUCUCAUCUGUGAAUACUGAAUUAUUUGUAGUUCCACCUGAUAACUGUAAAGACAAGGAAGAAGAUAUCUGGGGGGUUGCUGGACUUGUUCUUGGCUUGGCUUUCGCCAUUAGUGCAGUAAGCAGAGCUGGAGAGCAAGAUUCUGUUCUCAAGAUUAAAAGCUUGGUAAUCUCCUCAAUUCCAUAUGUAAACUCGCAACUUCAAAGCACUAAUUUCCAGAAUGAAGAAUCCAGGGUUGUUUUAUCAGUAGGAUCCUGUAUUGCAAUUCCCAUUAUAGUGUCAUUUUGCUGGAGAAUGGAAUUGAUGGAUGAGAUUGAGUUGGACCACAUAGUGAUUGGCUUUAAAGAGUUGAUUUCUGAGUUAAUCACUGUGAAAAAAUCUGGCAUGUUGCAUCAGAGUUUUUUGAUGGCUUCUUGCUUCGGAGCAGGGACACUUCUUUCAUGGACACUGAAUGAAGGGUUUCAUUCUACUGAGGUUGACCAUGUUAAAAGUUUCCUGGAGCUGUUUAGAAAAUGUUACUCUGAUCCUUACCCAUCUUUUGUGAAUCUGGGUGGUAUGCUUGGAGUGGUCAAUGCUAUGGGAGCAGGUGCUGGGAUUUUGGAUAUGCAAGCUGAUUAUCAGAAUAAGGCAUCUCCUUCCACAGGCCUUCUGCUCAAAGGCUUUGACUAUGAAUCAUAUUUGACAUCAUUGGUGCAAGAGAUGUUUCUCCUGGCUCAAAAUUCUGAUGAUAAUCAGCGGCGACAGUUUGCUUCCUGGGCUCUGUCUUUCCUUCAACAUCAUUUACUAUCCAAGGAAUUUAUGGAUGUUGAUGGUGAUAGGAAAGCAUCAGAAACUAAUUCAAAAUCUGUUUCUCAAAGUUUUUCUGAGGACAAUGUGGUUUUGCAACUUAGCUCGUGGCUUACAGAUUUAAAAAAUGAGGUUCUGACUGGCACUAUUGUGCAUGUUAGCACUGUUGUUACUGUAUUGAGGUGCCUUUCAAAAGCUCCCAGAUUGCCAAGCUUGAAUUGGGGAGCAAUUAUCAGGCGUUGUAUGAGAUAUGAAGCCCAGGUAGCUAAGUUGUUACCAGCAGAUUCUUAUUAUAAGAAAGGAACUUUAAGAGAGGAAUGCUUACAGUUUGCACUAGCUCAUGCCAAUCAAUUUGAUUCACUUUUAACUUUUCUUGAUGAGCUAUCUGAGUUUUCCAGGUUCAGGACUCUUGAACUACAUCUGCAAUCAUAUCUACUAAUUCAUCUAGCCGACCUUGUAAAAGUGUAUUCAAGCUCCAGGCUUGAGAAACUAUUCAAUGAUGUGUGUAAUCAUUUGUCUUCUGCUACUUCAUACCAAGACUCUGAUACCUAUCAAAAGAGCUUGUUACGCACCUCAUGCUGGAAAGGACUUUAUCAAUGCCUAGAUGAAGUCUCUUUGGAUGCUCUUGAUAUAUCUCAAGUUCAGAGGUGCAUGGAAGUGCUAUUUUCAUUGUUGCCGGUGUUACAAUCCUCUAGCAGCAUAGUGGCAAAGCAGGAAAAUUUCGUAGAUGAGUGGUCUGAGGCUGUGAGAUGCUUAGGGAAAGCUCCGCAGAGUUGGUUGUUAGAUUUCCUCAAGGUUUCACAAGAGAGGUUUGUUCAAGAUGUUGACAAAUCUAUUGAAGCCUGCAAAAAGAUUUGUGCUAAGGCAAAGCUAGUGAAGAAUGGUUCUCUGCCAUUUCUUGAGCUAGGAAAGAUGAAAUCUUACGUAUUGAACUCCAAGUUACAAGGUCUCUGGGAUGUGCUCAUUGAGGUUGUGGCGGCUCUGCACCAUGCAGAAGGAAGUGUCAAAAGACAGUGGCUUGUUGAUGCUGUUGCAAUUAGUUGUGUGUCCCCUUAUCCUUCCACGGUUCUGCAGUUUAUUGGUCUGCUAUCAGCUGCCUGUUGCAAAUAUAUGCCCGUUAUGAUUGUGGAUGAACAAACAGUACUGAAUGAUCUUCCAGUCACCCUUACGUCUCUUUUAGCAGACCAAAGUUGGGAUAUUGUUGCGGAAUCGGUUGUUUCCCUUCUUUAUUCAUCAACAGAACGUAUAUUCUACUGGGCUGCAGAGAUUGCAGAUGGUAAUUAUAUGCCUAGUGCCCAGCCCAUUGAUGAAAGUGAGGAUCAUAUGGCUAAAUUGCUGUUGCAAGUAAUGCAUCAUACAUGUGUGUUGUUAAAGGGCUACUUGCCGUUGGAUAAGCAGCUUAAGCUUGCCAGUUUCGAUGUUUCUUAAUAUAUGAUGAACAUUACAGAAUUUCUAGGAUACUUUUGAAGCAAAAGCCAGAAUCAUGUCCUAUCAUAAAUCCUUCAUUUAGAGGAACACAAUUGCCAUCCCACAUAUAUCAGGACAUUCUGGGAAAUUUCCAAAUGUUGGUACACGGGUUUUGAAAAGGCCAAGUGUUGUUCACUCAGCCAUGAAGAAAUUCGGGUCUUAAUUUAUAUCCUGCCAGUCUCUGAAUGGUAAAAUAUAGUGUUGAGCAGAAGCGAUCCAUGUUAGAAAGCCGGUGGGAAAACGUGUCAUUUUAUUCCAUUCUUGUAUGAGCCUGUGACAGUGAAGUACUGCAAUCUUUGGUACGGUACUUCCUGUGAGAUAUGUGCCUGUUGUGAAAUUAUUCAGCCAAUAUUCUUGUACAUUAUAGAAACUCUUAACUCUAGGCCAAAUUGACACCUGGGUAUGUUGUAUGGAUAAUCCUUCUGGGUCUGUUUAUUUCCAUUGUAUUUUAACGUUACCGGCAUCAAGAGGGAAAACAUGUAACUUGAUUUUCUCUUAUAAUAUGUGUAAACUGAACGAAUUUUUUUUUC